AGCUAUUGACAUCUAUGGAUCCUCAAAUCAGUUCUUCUUGUGUUAAAAUACUCAUAAAGCUCUUGAAGCCACAUCCACCAAAGCCAACAGAAGAGGAUAAGAAUGACGAAGGAGAGACUAAAGAAGGAGAGAGUCCAAGCACUAGAGAACAAAGUCUGGAGGCUGAGCUAGUGAUGCCUCCUCCCACUGCUCCUCUUGCCAAUCAAGAACACCAGGAACAAGUAGUAGCUCUUGCUCAGCCUUCAGUACCUAACCUUCAAGCUGUUCUAUCUAAUCCUCAAGCAGCAGUGCAACAAAUAAUGGCCAAUCCUAACCUGUUAGGUAUAAUGCCUGAUGAAGAAGCUAUGAUGAACUUUGCUAUUGCAAUCAGUCUACAUGAUGAGAGUAAUGAAGGUGCUGCAGCCCAGGUCAUUCAAGACGCCUUACAAAACAUCAAUGUCCCCGACCGCUCCAUGUCCCCUAUCCUCCAGGUACAGGUUGAACAGGUCAAUGACGAGGAGGGAGAGGAAGAGGAGGAAGAAGAAGAGGAGGAAGAGGGGACCAUUGAGAGAGUACGACUAGGAGAUGUCCUCCAUCCUGGAAUGAUAAUUGAUUCUCUCAACUCCUCGUAUGAGGACCUAGCAGGAGAGGGAGGGCCCCAAGUGCAGACUGUUCCUAUUCUUAAUGUCCCCAUGCUUCCUAGCAGUGGACAGAGGACUGAGCCCAAGGAUAAGGUUGAUGGGAGUGCUCAGGAUGUUAAUUCUGAGGCUGACAAUCAAAAUGACAGCAGUGGAGAAGAAGAUGCAGAGGAUUCCAGUUUCCUUGAUAUCUAUGAAGAUAAGUUGGUCAGUGAGGGUGUGGUCAAUGACGAGAGGGAGGAGUCAACCGGAGGUGACACCCCUAAAGAAACCAAACCCUCCGAAGAGACCAGAGUAUUAUCAAAGGACCAUAGACUGAGACUGAGGCUGUUAACAGCACUCUCUGAACAUUUGGAGGUCGUGGAGAAAGUGGGAGGAGUCAGAGGAUUACCGUACAUGCAGGUUAUUGUGUUCCUCUGUGGUUAUCUUGAAGGUGAUUCUAAGGACAAUAAAGCUUUUAGCUCCCUGCUGUCGGCCAUUUUGAAACUGCUAGAGAGACAGGAGGUCUCGGUCCUGAUAGAGAGGUCCCCGUCCUCUGAAGGAUCUUUACUGAUGCUCCGAUUCUUGAACAUAAUAAUGAGCAGGAAGAGAAUCAGAGCAGAUAAGAAUGAGGGUUCUUCUUCUGCUAAUAGGUUAUGGAACUACACUGCUAAGCACCUUCUCUCGUGGAACUGUAUGUCCUACUGUCUCAAUGUGCUUAAAGGACUUUUGAAAGAUAAGAAUAAGUUUAAAGUUGAAGAAUCUUCCUCUACUAGUUCUGAUCUAUUGAAGCCUCAUCCUCAAUCCUCAGUCUUGGACUAUAGCCCGUUCUUUCAGCAUCAGUAUGUCAAGUAUCAUUCCAGUGAUGUCUUUGAGUGUUAUCCUGUACUGCUGGCAGACAUUGUAUUAGCUCUGCCUUGUCAGUUGAAGAAGUUUUGUGAGAAGUCUACAUCGUCAGCUUUAAGUGUUGAGUUUAAUACUGAAUGGAUGGAAACACUUUGUGAAUAUUUCAUGGCCACCUCUCACCUCACUGGUACUAAUAAGAAGCAGAUUCGUAAAGUAUUGAUAUACGUGUGUGGAUCUAAGGAUAACUACAGACUCAUUCGUGAUAAGUACGGACUGAGGAGCUACAUGAGAGAGAUCAGUGAUAUUUGUGCUGGUGUGAGGUAUGAUGUGAGUGAUCCAACUUGUUCAUUACUUCAUUCUACAUAUCCUACUCUAUUGAAACUGAUUGAGCAGUUAAGGUUAUGUGAUGAAAUUGCUAAAACAAGAACCAGCAACUGGCAGCUGUUCUGUAUGGACAGGAAAGAAACUCUCCCUACAUUAUUCACCAUCAGUCUAUCAGUUGAUGAAGGACUAUCAAUGACACUAUUACAAUUAUUAUUCUCAGCUCUCUCCGGUGUCCAUCCUUCAGUGUCCUCUUCCACUAAUAAAAAAGAUGAUUCAACUACAAAGCCUGGUUCUAAAGACAAGGCUAAAAGGAAGGACACUAAACCAGCCUCUAAGCCUCCAGCAGCUCCUCCCAGUGGAACAGUAAACCUUGAGUUAUGUAGGAGCAUUUGUCAACUGAUGAUGGAGUGUAUUGAUGAUGAAAGAUUUGAACAAUUUGUCACUCGUUAUUUGCUACAAAGCAACCAGUCGAAUAUACGCUGGCAGACACACUCACUGAUACACACACUCUAUAAGUAUGUUCCUUCAGACAAGCAGGUUCAUUUGGUUCAGUUGCUAUGGAAGUUGUGGCCCCUCAUCCCUCAGUAUGGACAGAAGGCAUCACAGUUUGUAGACAUAUUAGGUUAUUGCUCUAUAUCAACUAAAGAAGUUUUAAUGAAAGAGAACAUGUGCUCGCACCUGAUAGAGCAAGCCAUCAUGUUACUACGACGACAGAACGUCCUAGUCUCCGCCCACCCCAACUCCCAUGUGUACAGUCAGCUAGUAUCGCUCGUUGACUUUGAUGGGCAUUAUUUAGAAAGCGAGCCCUGUCUUGUGUGCAAUGAUCCUGAAGUACCGCUGACCGUAAUGAAGCUGUUUUCUAUUAAGUCUGAUGUUCGUUACAGUGCUAAUACAAUAUUUGUUAAGUUAAAUGGCUCUCAUACCAUCACACAGCUAAUGAUGAGACUCACUGAACUGAGAAGAAGCAAAAUGAUGCGUACUAUUAAUGUUUAUUACAGUAACAGGACAAUACAGAAUGUCAUUGAACUUAAAAACAAUCGUAGUCUCUGGUUGAAGGCUUGUAGCUGCACGUUGCAGCAGUCACAGACUGAGUUAAAGUUUGAACUGCCACUCCCUAUAGUGGCCAGGAAUAUAAUACUGGAAUUUGCUGAUUUUUAUGAAAACACUCAAUUUGGUACUGAGUCCCUCCAGUGUCCUCGUUGUAAUGCUCCAGUCCCAGCUCAUCCUGGAGUCUGUGCUGCCUGUGGUGAGAACGCUCAUCAGUGUCAGAAGUGUCGUACUAUUAAUUAUGACGAGAGAGACCCUUUCCUCUGCAUAUCCUGUGGGUUCUCAAAGUACGCCAGGUUUGAGACAUUAGUCGAGGGACGACCCACUUCAGCUGUUGACCCAAUUGAAACUGAAGAUGAUAGAAAGAAGACUUUGUUAAGUAUUAAUCAGUUGCUUGAAAGAGCUGAUAAAUAUUACAAGGAGCUAGUGACACACAGAAAUGAACUGGACCAGCUGUUGAUAUCCCUAGCCAGUGAACCAGUGGUAUCUCAGUCUUCAUCAGACAGUGGUGUGAAUCGUGCUAUCCAGUUGGCAGCUCAUUUAUACUGCAACAGUUGUAAAUCAUCUUACACUGACCUCAGCAAAAUAAUACAAAGUGUUCUUGCUUCAAGGAGAGAGCUAGUUGCUUAUGAUAUCAAUAAAUUGCAUUCAGGGAAGGUUUCUCCCACUAGUGAGCCAGCAACACCACUCACUCCAAUAUCAGGGGAAGGAAGUGCCUUUUCUCUCUCGUCCCCGGUCUCCGCUGCCCCCCUUAGUGAGGGAAAUUGUUUUGGAUGUGCUUCUGCAACACUAGAGCACUGCAUUACUGUAUUAAAGGCUCUGGCUUUUAAACCAGAGACAAGGAAACUUAUGAAAAAGGACCUCAUAGAGGAAUUGAUGGAGUUUAAUCUAAGAACCGGUUCCGUUACUCUUCAGAAAGACGUUCAAGGACUGUUGUGUCAACUGACCAGAGAUGAUUUGGAGUCGACUAGGAAUUUGAAUGAGUUCAUAAUGCAGAGGGUGCUAGCUAGUAUCAAACCACAAAGGACGUCACCUAAUCUUGCGUCUGCCAUUAGAUCUGAGAUGAGAUUGUUGACAGCUUCUGUUGCUAUGGAGGACAGUUGCUGGGAGGAAAGACUCAAAACUGUUGUUAGGUUGUUUAAAAAGUCCAGGUCUCACAGCAGUCCUGUUGUCAUGGCUGCUGUUACUAUGCCUUGCCUUAAGAUACUCCACUCUAUCACUGUCCUAGCUAAAGACAAUGAAAGUCUACAGGGAGGUGGUGCCAUACAUACUAAUGUUAGUUCAUGGCUUAAGAAUAAUCCAGACUCUUCUUUUGAGAAAUGGAAGGAAACAGCACUGAUAGAACCUACUAAAGAGAAUAAACUGGCUCAAAAAUAUGGAAAUAUUUGGAUGAGUAAAACAAUUCGAGCCAAGACAGGUCCUCCAUUGCCCAUAAGUUUAUUAAAGCAUACUAAAUGGUUGAGGUUAAUGUUAUUUAAUCGAAGCAGCUGCUCGGCAAGGACCAUGGCGUAUGGUCUGUUACUGUCUUUAUGUAAAGGAGGAGUGAGGAGGAGGCAAACAUUGGAUUUACUGAGCAGUUUUCUUGAUGAGGUAGGCAGUGCUGGUGAAGCCUCAAAGGAAUUCUUAGGUAUAUUCACUGCACUAAUGAAAGACCAAAAUGGAUACUGGAAGAAAUACCUGGCCAAGAGAGGAGUGCUGUUACAGAUAGGAGGACUGAUAGAAAAAGAGAUCAGUUAUUUGUGUAAACUGGAGGAGACCACAUUAAGCUCUGACCUCUCACAAGGAUAUGCACUGAAGAUGUUAACUACAUUAUUAAAAUUAUUUCUUGAAGUUGAGUCUAUUAAAAAUGAAUACAAAGGACAGUUGGUGGGAUUAGUCCUCAAUGGAUAUCUCUCAUUGAAAAGGCUGGUAAUUCAAAGGACCAAGAGAGUAGAUGAGUCCCAGACAAUGCUAUUACAAUUAUUAGAAGCUCUUACCUCAGGAACGGAGGAGGAGAGACAAGAACUGAUGGCUGUCUGUAUUGAGAUAUUGUCCAACUAUCCUAUGAGUGACCUAGUGACACCAAUAUUUGUAUUUGAACAAUUGAGCAGCAUAAUACAUCCAGAGGAAGAGGAUGUUGGUGAGUUUUACCUCCAGUUGGAUAAGGACCCUCAACAGGAAGAGUUCCUUCAAGGACGCAUGCAAGGGAACCCUUACAGCUCUAAAGACCCUGGACUAGGACCUCUAAUGAGAGACGUCAAGAAUAAAAUAUGUACAGAUUGUGAGCUGGUUGCUCUGCUUGAAGAUGAUACUGGGAUGGAGCUACUGGUCUGUAAUAAAAUAAUAUCACUAGAUCUACCAGUGAAGGAAGUAUACAAGAAGAUAUGGUGUGCACAAGCAAAUCAUGGUGACAGGAUGAAGGUUGUCUAUAGGAUGAGAGGCCUCCUUGGUGAUGCUACAGAGGAUAUGGUUGAAACACUGGACAGUGGCAAAGGAGAAGACAUCGACGAAGAAGAAGUAUACAAAAUGGCUACUGUACUAGGAAAAGAAAACAGACUUGAUGCCAUACUGCAAAGAUUAGCUCAAGCUAAACAUUUCCUAAGAAGUCAUGGUCUCGUUCAUGCUGGACUGAAAUUACUCAGCUACUGUGUCAAAGUCAAAACUAACAGGCAAUACUUGAUACAGCCUCGCCUCCAUACAUUAAAGAUAUUACUGGGUAUACUCAAUCUUGCACUGCAGCACGAGCAGCUUGAGAGCAGUGGACUGGGAGCUACUGUAGCACAACAGGUACUGUCAGUUACUGAGCCAAUACUGCAAGAGGCAUCCAGUCAGCAGAGAGUGAUAGUUAGAUCUAUUAGUGAAGAGGCUAUGGUAGCUGAGUCUAAAGAAGAUUCAUCAUUACAUACUUUACUGAGACACGUUGAAUCACCUUUUGUGCAAUCCAAUCUCACUGUGAGAGAGGGUCUGAUGCACAUUAUUCCGUUCCUAACGUUUGGUGACCCCUGGAACAUGAAAAUAUUACUGGAACACUUUGAACCUUACUUGAACUUUGAAAGAUUUGAUUCUGAAGAGUCUCCGGAACAUUCUCUUUAUUUGGAUUGUUUCAGUGCAGUAGCUACUGGCAUAGGGACGGAUGCCAGUGGUCAGAAAUUAAAAGAUUUAUUGAUAGAAAUGAAGAUAACUCCAUCACUCAUUGACUACAUCAGCACCAAGACACCUUCAAAAGGGAGUGGGCGGUUUGAUUCCCCUGAGUGGGAGGAGUACGUGACACGCCCAUCACUACCAUACAUACUGAAGAUACUAACAGGACUAUCGCAACAUCACACUAACACACAAUUGGUAGUUAUGGAUGUAAUACCUCAACUCCAUUUACUUGAACAAGUGGCCUCCACUGUACACCACAUAGGGACACUGGCCGAGAAACUACUGGAGGCAUUGAGAGAGAACAGUAACUGUGACAAUAAGAUUCAAGAGGUUAGGAAAGCAACUAGAUCAGAGAAGAAGAAGAAAGCAAUGGAAAUGAGAGCAAAGGAACUAGGAGCACUUGGAUUUCAAGUUAAUGAAAAAGGUCAGAUGGUUGCUGAGACACCUACAGCUUUUAAAGAACUGGAAAGUGAAGUAGUUGAAGAGACAGGACUCUCCUGUUGUAUAUGUCUGGAAGGAUAUCGUAACCAACCACAAAAAAUAUUAGGUAUCUAUACUUACACUCGUAAAGUAACUUUAGAUGAAUUUGAAAACAAACCAAGAAAAACAAUGGGUUAUGCUACUGUGUCUCAUUUCAAUGUUGUUCAUUACGAGUGUCAUGCAGCUGCCAUCAAGUUGGCUAGAGGUAGAGAUGAAUGGGAGAGUGCUACUCUACAGAAUGCUAAUACAAGGUGCAAUGGUCUCUUACCAAUAUGGGGACCUAAAGUAUCUGACUCUGCAUUUGCAUCUGGACUAGCUAAUCAUAACAGCUACCUUCAAGCCUGUACUGGACUGUAUGAUCCUUCUUUCCGUUCCUAUGCUCAUGAUCUGAGGCUCCUCUUACUUCGUUUUGCUCAUGAGAACUCCUUCAGUGCUGAGUCCGGUGGUGGGGGCCCCCAGAGUAACCUUCACUUGAUUCCUUACUUCAUUCACGUAGCACUUUAUGUGCUUGAUACAACGAGAGUAUUUCAGAGAGAAGAGAAGAAUUUGAGUAAUGCUCUGGCAAUGACUUCUGAUAACUGGGUACCAUCUGCUUAUGUGGUUGAAGGUCCAUUGUAUUCCUGUAUACUAUCAUUAUUCAUACAUUCAUUGACUCAAUGGGAAGAAAGCAAGGAUUUGCUAUUGAGGCAACUAUUGGUUCUAUCUCAUGCUAGGAAAGCAAGCUCAUCUCCAAUAAAAAAUUUACCAUCAGGAGAUGCACUGCCAUACAAUGAGUAUAAACCAGUUUUAGUUUAUUUUGGUCUUAUUGAUUCCAUACAGAAAUUAUUGAAGAAAUCAGUUCCUGUGAGUGGCAGUGAAUUACCUCAAGCUGUUUUAGAAUAUAUAAGAAAUAAUGAUAAAACUGUUAAUGAGGAUUGUGACAAGAUAUUGUCCAAGUAUCAAGAUGAAUUGUUACCAGCUGAAUCGUUUGAGGAAUAUUGUGAUGUAAUGGGUUUGCUUAAUGUUAUUCAAAGUCCGUCUACUUUCCUCAAAGAUGUGCUAUCACCAGUUACUGUUUCUUCUUCCUGAUACUGCAGUGUGUGUGUUUCUGCUUUAAAUUAACAUUAAAUACUAUUACUGUUGUGCUUAUUAUUAGCUCUAGAUUGUGCUUCUUUUCCUAUCGUUUUCUCUUUAGUACCAUUACUUUUUUCUUAAAAUUAAA